AUGGAUGUCUACUACUUCUACUCGUACGGCACGGCCGCAUGGCUCACCACACAAGCGGUGCCGCUCAUCAGCUCCCCAACAAUGCUGGUCGCACUGCUGUCGCCCGAGGUGCGCGAAGCUAGCACGCUUGAAGUCUACUUUAGCCGAUCACUGGGCUUUGCGCUCAUAACUCUGGGAAUCCUGGGCGUGCUGCUUACAGGCUCUGUACCGCUGUCUAGCCGGCUUUCAGAAGGCGCAACAACACAGGCAGAAGACCCCAAAGCACCGUACGCUCUACCCACGCUCACCAUAACGGCCAUGUUCCACGCGACAUGUGCAUUUUACGGCUAUGCAAUGUGGACCAGGACCGGGGUGCUGGCGUUCAGUCUAGGCACGCUGGGCUCGGGCUUCCUGGCCAUCGUAGCGCUGUGGUGCAUUUUGUUUGCUAGCAGCAACGGCAGGAUUAGCAGGAAGACGGGCGCGGACAAGAGGACGAGUGGAUUCCCAUUCAAGAACGCCGAGGCGGACAAGAGGAAGGCGAGGUAA